AUGUCGACCUCGUCGCGCAGCCUCAGCUCCUCACCCGAUAUCCUGGGUCCGCCAGGCGACGCCCAGUAUCUGAUUUCCUCGCCGAUUAAACCGUUUAACGGGCGCCAAAGCUUCAUGUCUCCCAUGGUUGGAAGAAUGAACUCCAGGUCCCGAACCCCGGCCAAACGACCACGAUCGCGCGUCAGCCUGAGUCCCGCAAAGAGCGCGCACUCGAUUCAAUUCAACGAUGUCAUCCUCCCCGGUUCGCCGACAAGGAAGUUUAAUGGAGGUCGCGAAAGGUCGAUUUCACCGGAGAAGCUCCUACAAGAUGGAAAUGUCAGCCCGUGGCGUAUUCGCCUCACCCUCGAAGCAACCCAAGAUGAGGAGGACGAGAACCAGGGCAGUCCGUCGCGCAAGCGAAUAAAACCUUCGACCGUGACGACUAUGAUACCUUUGAAGGAUGAAAGGAGUCCAUUGUCGGAGAAGACACCUGCUCGGCGACGUGGUCGUCCGCGCAAGUCUGACAUGGCUAUCUCUCCUUUCCCCGGGGGACCCGGUCAUACACCACGGGCUGGCUAUACCCCUAGGCCCGGGGACACUCCGGGUCCGGGAAACACACCAGGUCCAGGUCAUACGCCAGGUCUGGGGCACACUCCUGGUCCUGGGCACACACCAGGACCGCGCGGCCAAGAUUCUCAACCACGGAAGAGAGGUCGACCAAGGAAGCAGGAUUUUCAAAUGGUUGAGGAUCAGCCAACUCCGACCGUGGAGCAUGUUGAACCAUUCAGUCCGAUGGAUGUUAUUCCCAAUAGUGAUGUUGGACCAGAUCAACGCUUUAGUCCGAUGGACACUAUGGCAAGUGAGACUGGUCUGGAUGCACAAUUCAGUCCAAUGGAAACGGAUUCGCGUGAAGCUGGUUUGGAUCAACGAAACUACAGUCCCAUGAACACUGUGACCAGUGACGCAGUACAGCGCGAGUCUUUCAGCCCCACAGACUCAUUCGCUGGGAGUAAUGCCCAUGCCAGUCCAAUCGACCUGGUUGGUGGUGUUGAUUCCGAAGAUGACUCCCUGGGGGACUCUGAAAUGUCUAUCGCAGACUUGCGUGAUCCUACCGAACCUAUCACAGAGGUUGUUGAGCACGAUAGUCGUGGCUAUGGCCGAACAAGUCUGGAAACUCCUGUCAUCAGAGCCACAGAACAUCACUUCCUGGAUGAGAACAUCCAUUCCACUCCUUCUAAAAUGCCUUCCCCUACACGCGAAAGAGCGAUCCAAUCAUCCAGGUCAUCUCACCACACCACAAGUCCGCAAUCAGGCACCUAUCCAACUCCAACGCCCACUUCGUCACUGGCGGACGAAGAGGCCCCAGCCCAAGAAAAUGCGGAUGAUGAGCAUACUGGGACAGAUGUUCAGCAUUCUGAACCGGAUCCCAUUGAAGACCCCAAUGAUGAUCAUGAAGAAUACGAAGAAUAUGACACUAUCAUGGAAAGUGAGGGAUUUACUAUGAUCUCACUUGACACACUCCCUUCAGCCAAACAGCAUGGAUUUGGCUCUAGUGCUAUGACUAGCAGCAACCCUACACAAAAAGAAGUCGGAGAUCGCUUGAAGCGCAAACUUCCAGGCACCAUUGAAGAUCUCCGAGCGAACUCCCGCACUCGAAAUUCCUCCAGCCCAGUCACAGCCGAUCUUGCUCCAAAGACCAACGGUAUAACCGAUAGUCGCGUUCCGAAUCAUCAACCUGCCUAUGCAAACGACGAGUACGCUGUCAAUCAUGUCAGCAACGUCAGCUACCCCGAACUUCCCACUAUACCUUCUGCGGCCCAAUCAGUUAUUGUCCCGAAGAAGAGGACCCUCACCAGUCUGGCCAAACUUGUUCGAGUUGCCCUUGCUCUGAAAGGUCCAUUUCAGCCUCAAGCACAUGAGUGGUCUGGCCACAAUAAUGGUCGGCACAAACGACAACGUCUAGAGGAUAUCUUCAGCACGUUUGGGUUCAAAACCCGGCGAGAACUGCGGAUCGCGAUGGGUCUUGGUCAAGUGAUUGCCACGAGGCGGAUGAUAGCAGAUGAAGAAGAGGCUGCAGCGGUUGCAGCAAAACGUACAGCAUCUCGUUACAAAGAGCAGCAGCAGCAAGCCGACUACGAUGAUUUCUCCGAGGCUUCGGAUCAAAUAUCUCAAUCUCAAUCGCCGGAGAACCAGGUUCAACACAAAUCAGUGGAUCCCGCCGCAAACUAUCGACAAGGACCGAUGUACUCGCCAAACUUCGGACGACAAAGUUCCGUGCAACAAAGUCCAAUAUCCCACCAAAAGCGACAGCGGGAGGCUGAAUGGCAGCUCGAGCGCGACGCGGUCAGUCAGCAAGCUCAGAUGGCGUCAAACUCGAAGUCUGUAGUGUACAUCGACAGCGACAACACUUCGCCAGAAGAAGAGGAAUUCGAUCAACCGGAGGUUGGACUUGCGUAUGACGAACACCCUCGGUCCGAAAUUCAAGAACCCGAAAAUUUCGAGCAUGAAACUGAGCCUGAACGCUACAUAGAUCAAUCUCGUGAUGUGCAAACGGAAGCUGAGCAGGACGAAGAUGAUGGAUAUGAUGAUAUUUGGCAACUUGAGGCCAACGAUCACAGCUAUGACCAUCACUCUGAGGAUGACAGCAUCGAAGACCAUCAGGAGCAACUGAGCUCGUCCCCUGAUGUGCCAUCGGAGCGUGAACACACUGCCCGAUUUGGUCCGUCCAAGGUGCGCGAACUCCGUGAGCAACAUGUCGAUUUGUCUGCUUUGCUGGCCGAAGAGGACACUCCGAAUCGCGCCCGAUACUACAAUGGAAGCAGUACCCCUCGGAGUGUACUGAGUCGUUCGUCAAAUCCGCAGCACUCGCCACUUCCCAGCUCGAGCACGAAGCAGCCAGUGUCACGUACACCUGCACAUAUCAGAUUGCAACCUAUCUCUCAAUCUAGCCCUGAGAAUGGAACCCCCCAAAUGUCGUUCCACGAAUGGGAGAAAUCACCAGCAGAAGCGCAACCCGAAGAGCACCCCGAAGAUUAUGGCAAUGUUCGCAGUCCCAGCGUGGCUCAUAGUCAAUUCGAUCCCUCUCAAAUUGACUCAUCUUCCACCCCGGCGGCACGCCACUCCCAAGAAGUGCCAGGCUCCUCUUGGUUCUCAAGAAUUACCAGUCUCACUCCGCAAUGGUUGAAAGCCCCCACUCGUGCUCGAAGCUCCAGUAUCACUACCAUUCCAGAGGAACAAUCUGAAUCCGAGGAUGAGGAAUUGGCUAGCAUUGAAUCCGCCAAAGAGAUUGGUGAACACAUUCGCGAUGAAUCGCCCCCCAGGGGAGCAAGCCAAUCACCCGUCAAUAUCUGGGUACAAGCAUCCCGGUCUCCUCAAGUAUCUCGUUCUCCCCAGGCUCCUCGGUCUCCCGAGGCGCAGGAUCAUAUUCAGCCAACGACAGAAGAGGAUGAAGAGCCUGUGUACGAGAUAGACGUUUCUGAGGGAGACUCUUCUCGGGGGAAUUCGGAGGAUGUUGAGGAAACAGCGUCCGAGCGAAGUGCCUCACUAGAGGUCUCCGGGCACGAGGCCAUAGACCCGGCCGCCCAUCAGGACGAUGCGCCUUCUGGGCCACGGCCGCUUGCCACGUUUGGAUACUUCUCUGACGAGCACUACAUCGCUCUUCGUCGGAUCUAUCGCAUCGCCAAGCGGUACCCUGAGCAGUUUGAGUACUACGAUACCCCCGGGCGGGCAGCCAUCAUCGGUGAUUGGAUAUGGACUUCAAAUGGACAUCACGGGGUGCCCAUUACUGAGAUCCAAUUUGCCAUUAUCGACCGGUUUACCCAAGAGCUGUCCCGGGCUGACAUCCAAUACGGCGGCAGUGGACAGGUUGAUUGGACCGAAGCGGAUAUGCAUCGUCGACUGAUCAGCAUCAUCAUUGGCGAGCAGAUCCGAGGGGGAGCGUAA